UUAUUAUCUGGCUGCCAGCUCCUGUCUCGGAGACCCUCUUCCUAGGCUCGGUCUCCUGUCUGCAGCCUGCCUAUUGGCCCCGGUCCUGCCUGGCACACCUGACACCGCUGCCUGAGAGCUCUCCUUACAGAGAAGAUAAAGUUUAUUUACUUUUAUUCCUCCAAACUUUUUGCUGAGCCCACGUUCCUCGUCCCCACCUAUGCAGAAUACAGAAUAGGUACAGGAGCCUUAGGGGGAGCCCAGCAAUGGAUGAGAUGAGUAGCAGGCGAUUGGUGGUGCUGGUGUUUCUGGGGAUCCUGUACGUGGCCGCGGUACGGGCAGCAGUGGGGUAUUACCCCAGGUUCUCGCCCUUCUUUUUCCUGUGCACCCACCACGGCGAGUUGGAAGGAGACGGCGACCAAGGAGAGGUGCUCAUCUCGCUGCACCUCGCCGGGAACCCCAGCUACUACAUACCUGGGCAGGAGUACCACGUGACUAUUUCAACAAGCACCUACUUUGAUGGACUAUUGGUGACUGGAUUAUACACAUCUACCAGUGUACAAGCUUCUCAAAGCAUUGGAGGCUCCAAAGCUUUUGGAUUUGGUAUAAUGUCUGACCACCAGUUUGGAACCCAGUUCAUGUGCAGCGUUGUUGCUUCACAUGUAAGCCAUCUGCCAACAACAAACCUCAGUUUUGUAUGGAUAGCGCCGCCGGCAGGUACAGGAUGUGUCAACUUUAUGGCUACAGCUACACACAGAGGUCAGGUUAUAUUCAAAGAUGCCCUGGCACAGCAGUUGUGUGAGCAAGGAGCUCCUACUGAAGCGCCUUUACGUCCAAAAUUAGCUGAAAUUCAUAGUGAAAGUGUUAUUUUGAGAGAUGAUUUUGACUCAUACAAACAGCAUGAAUUGAAUCCUAAUAUAUGGUUGCCAUGCAGUAACUGUGAAGUUGGAGAGCUGUGUGGUGUUAUUAUGCAUGGCGGAUCUGUCACAUUUUGUGACCCUUAUGGGUUACGAGAACUGACAACAACCAGUCUUAACACAACUACUGCAUCUGUUCUCCAGUUCUCUAUUGGGUCUGGGCUAUGUCGAUUUAGCUACUCCGAUCCAGCCAUUGUGGUGUCUUACACCAAGAACAAUGCUACCAGCUGGAUGCCACUUGAGAGAAUCAGUGCUCCUUCAAAUGUCAGCACAAUCAUCCACAUUAUCUACCUUCCGUAUGAAGCCAAAGGUGAAAAUGUGAGGUUCCGCUGGGCACAGGAGAGCACACAGCCUGGAGAUGUGUAUGAGGCAUGUUGGGCUCUGGACAAUAUACUGAUCAUCAAUGCUGCUCAUAAGCAAAUUGUUUUAGAAGAUAAUCUUGAUCCAAUGGACACUGGAAAUUGGCUUUUCUUUCCUGGCGCUACUAUAAAGCAUAGCUGUCAAUCAGAUGGGAAUACCAUUUAUUUCCAUGGUACAGAGGGUAGUGAAUUCAACUUUGCCACAACAAGAGAUGUUGAUCUGUCUACUGAGGACAUCCAGGAUCAGUGGUCGGAAGAAUUUGAGAGCCAGCCCCCUGGGUGGGAAAUUCUCGGAGCUGUCAUUGGUACAGAGUGUGGAACAAUAGAAUCAGGCUCGUCUCUUGUAUUUCUGAAAGAUGGAGAGAGAAAAGUAUGUACUCCAUACAUGGAUACCACAGGAUAUGGGAACCUACGCUUUUAUUUCAGCAUGGGUGGGCUGUGCAGUCCAGGGGAAUCCCAUGAGAAUGAUGUCAUCCUUUAUGCACAGAUUGAUGGGAAAAAGGAACAUAUUGUUAUGGAUACACUUUCCUAUUCAUCCUACAAGGUUCCAUCUCUGGUUUCUACUGUCAUAAGUCCAGAACUGCAAACUCCAGCCACUAAAUUUUGUCUCAAGCAAAAUAGUCACCGAGGACAAAAUUUAAAUGUUUGGGCUGUGGACUUUUUCCAUACACUUCCUGUUCUGCCUACCACGGAAUCCCACAUGAUACAGUUUUCUAUCAAUCUUGGUUGUGGAUCCCAUCAGCAUGGAAACAGUGUUAGCUUGGAAUUUUCGACUAACCAUGGCCGGACCUGGUCUCUGCUUCAUUCUGAAUGUCUGCCUGAGCUUUGUGCUGGACCUCAUCUCCCACAUAGCACUAUCUACUCAUCUGAUAACUACAGUGGGUGGAGUAGAAUUACUAUUCCUCUUCCCAAUGCAGCUCUGACUAGAGACACAAGAAUACGGUGGCGACAGAACGGACCAGUUACGGGAAACAUGUGGGCACUUGACAACAUUUAUAUUGGACCUUCCUGCCUGAAAUUCUGCUCUGGUCGAGGACAAUGCACAAGAACUGGCUGCAAGUGUGAGCCUGGUUUUUCUGGACCAGCUUGUGAAAUGGCUUCACAUACCUUCCCUGUGUUUAUAUCAGAAAGCUUUACAAGUUCCAGACUCUCUUCCUACCACAACUUUUACUCUAUCCGUGGUGCUGAAGUUAGCUUUGGUUGCGGUGUGCUUGCAAGUGGCAAAGCUUUGAUUUUUAACAAGGAAGGGAGGCGACAGCUGACAACUACCUUCCUUGACAGCUCACAGUCCAGAUUUCUUCAAUUUACUUUACGGAUUGGAAGUAAAUCUGUUCUGAGUACAUGCAAAGCCCCUGACAAGCCUGGAGAAGGUGUCUUACUCCACUACUCUCAUGACAAUGGCGUUACUUGGAAACUGAUGGAGCAUUAUUUUUAUCUCAACUAUCACGAGCCAAGAAUAAUAUCAGUGGCGCUCCCUGAGGAAGCCAAGCAGUUUGGAAUUCAGUUUAGGUGGUGGCAGCCAUACCAUUCUGGACAGGGAGAAGAUGUGUGGGCCAUUGAUGAGAUUAUCAUGACAUCUGUACUCUUCAACAGCAUCAGCCUGGACUUCACAAAUCUAGUGGAUGUCACUCAGUCUCUUGGCUUUUACUUGGGAAAUGUGCAGCCAUAUUGUGGACAUGACUGGACUCUAUGUUUCACAGGAGAUUCAAAGCAAGCCACCAGCACACGUUAUGUGGAGACCCAGUCUAUGCAGAUUGGAGCAUCUUAUAUGAUACAAUUUAAUUUAGUGAUGGGAUGUGGUGAGAUGUUCACUCCGCAUAUGGACAAUCAAGUGAAGUUGGAAUAUUCAACUAAUCAUGGUCUCACAUGGCACUUAGUGCAAGAGGAAUGUCUACCAAGUAUGCCUAGCUGUCAGGAAUUCACCUCGGCAAGCAUCUAUCACUCAAGUGAGUUCAGUCACUGGCGAAGGAUAACAUUACCAUUGCCACAGAAGACCUGGUCUAGUGCAACUCGUUUCCGCUGGAGCCAGCGCUAUUACACGUCAGAAGAUGAAUGGGCUUUGGACAAUAUUUACAUUGGACAACAAUGCCUUAAUAUGUGUAGUGGACAUGGCUGGUGUGACCAUGGAACAUGCAGGUGUGAUUCUGGAUACCAGGGUUCCCAGUGUCUCCCUGAAAAUUCACUUCCAUCCACUGUAAUGUCUGACUUUGAAGGACUAAACGGCUGGGAAACAGACUGGCAGGAAGUUAUAGGAGGAGAAAUUGUCAAACCAGAGCAAGGCUGUGGUAUCAUUUCAUCUGGGUCAUCUCUAUAUUUUUCCAAGGAUGGCAGAAGGCAACUGGUUAGCUGGGAUAUGGACACAACAUGGGUAGAUUUUAUACAGUUCUACAUACAAAUUGGAGGAGAAAGUCCAUCUUGUAAUAAACCAGACAGCAGAGAAGAGGGUGUGCUACUGCAGUAUAGUAACAAUGGAGGCAUCAACUGGCACCUUCUGGCAGAAAUGUACUUCUCUGACUUCACCAAACCCAAGUUCGUAUAUCUUGAACUUCCUAAUGCAGCAAGAACACCCUGUACUCGGUUCCGCUGGUGGCAGCCAGUGUUUUCAGGUGAAGGAUACGAUCAGUGGGCCGUUGAUGAUGUCAUAAUUCUGUCAGAAAACCAGAAGCAGAUUAUUCCUGUUGCUUACCCAACAUUGCCCCAAAAUUUCUAUGAGAAGCCUGCUUUUGACUAUCCAAUGAACCAGCUUAGUGUUUGGCUUAUGCUGGCUAACGAAGGGAUGGUGAAAAAUGAAAGUUUCUGCUCUAUUACUCCUUCUGCUAUGAUAUUUGGAAAAUCGGAUGGUGAUCGAUUCGCUGUGACUCGGGAUCUGACUUUGAAACCAGGAUACGUGCUGCAGUUCAAGUUGAAUUUAGGCUGCAGUAAGGAGUUUAGCAAUGCUGCCCCAGUCUUCCUUCAGUACUCCCACGAUGCAGGCUUGUCUUGGUCACUGGUGAGGGAGGGAUGCUAUCCUGCAUCCCCUGGCAUCAAAGACUGUGAGGGCAGUUCUCGGGAAUUGGGUGAACCAACUUCUUACUACCAAGGAGACAAUGAAGAUUGGACGAGAAUAACAAUUGUAAUUCCAAGAUCACUUGCUUCAAGUAAAACCAGAUUCCGCUGGAUACAGGAGAGCAGCUCGCUGAAGAAUGUCCCUGCUUUUGGUCUUGAUGGUGUCUAUAUAUCUGAACCUUGUCCCAACUACUGUAAUGGUCACGGGGACUGUGUUUCUGGAGUAUGUUUUUGUGAUCGAGGAUACACAGCUGAACACGGAACAUGUGUCUCAAACAGGCCCAAUCCAAGUGAGAUGUUAGACAGAUUUGAAGGCAAACUUAGCCAGUUAUGGUAUAAAAUCACUGGAGGCCAGGUGGGCACAGGCUGUGGGGUGAUAAGCGAUGGCAAAUCUCUGUAUUUUAAUGGGCCUGGAAAGAGAGAAGCAAGAACUGCUGCUUUGGACACUACAAAUACCAGAUUAGUUCAGUUUUUUAUACAGAUUGGAAGUAAAAAUAGUGGCUCUUCUUGUAUAACACCAAAGGCAAGAAAUGAAGGUAUUAUUGUUCAGUAUACAAAUGAUAAUGGUAUUAGCUGGAACCUCUUGCGUGAAUUGGAUUUCUUGUCCUAUCUGGAUCCUCAAAUAAUCUCUAUAGAUUUACCCCGUGAUGCCAAGACGUCUGCUACUGCUUUCCGAUGGUGGCAGCCGCAGCAUGGAACGCAGUCAGGUCAUUGGGCAUUAGAUGAUGUCCUUAUUGGAAUGAAUGACAGCUCUAGGACGGGUUUUCAGGAUAGGUUUGACGGUUCAGUUGAUUUGCAAGCAAACUGGUACAGAAUCCAAGGAGGCCAAGUAGACAUUGACUGUCUGUCCAUGGAUACAGCACUUGUGUUUACUGACAACAUAGGAAAACCACGAUAUGCUGAGACGUGGGAUUUUCAAGUGAUGCCUUCCACCUCUCUACAAUUUGAGUUGAGCAUGGGCUGUAGUAAACUAUUUAGUGAUUCCCACACAGUUCAAUUGCAGUACUCAAUAAAUAAUGGAAGAGAUUGGCACCAGGUUACUGAGGAGUGUGUGCCCCCAAGUAUCGGCUGCUUGCAUUAUACAGAGAGCUCAGUCUACUCAUCUGAAAGGUUCCAGAACUGGAAAAGAAUCACUGUCUAUCUUCCACCAUCAACAAUUUCUCCAAGGACUCGCUUCAGAUGGAUACAGAGAAAUUAUGGGCCUGGCGCUGAUGCCUGGGCCAUCGAUAAUGUUAUUCUUUCAUCAGGAUGUCCUUGGAUGUGUUCAGGACACGGGAUAUGUGAUUCAGGCCGCUGCAUGUGUGACAAAGGCUUCGGAGGUCCAUAUUGUGUCCCAAUUGUUCCUUUACCUUCCAUUCUGAAAGAUGACUUCAACAGUAACCUGCAUCUUGACCUUUGGCCUGAGGUGUAUGGAGCAGAGAGGGGAAAUGUGAACGGAGAAACAAUUAAAUCUGGAACAGCGCUCAUCUUUAAAGGGGAAGGAUCCAGAAUGCUUGUAUCAAGAGAUUUAGACUGUACACAUACAUUAUACAUUCAAUUUUCAUUUAAAUUCAUUACCAAAGGCGUUCCAGAUAGAUCCCACUCCAUUCUUCUCCAGUUCUCCAUCACAGGGGGCAUCAGCUGGAAUCUCAUGGAUGAAUUUUACUUUACACAAACUACUGAUGUACUAUUUGUCAAUGUUCCUCUGCCGCCCGCAGCUCAAACCAAUGCCACGCAGUUUAGGCUCUGGCAGCCGUACCACAGUGGGAAGAAAGAUGAAAUAUGGAUCAUAGAACACUUUGUCAUCGAUGGAAAUAACAUAAACAAUCCUUCACUCCUUAUGGAUACAUUUGAUUUGGGUCCUAAGGAGGAUAAUUGGUUCUUCUACCCUGGUGGCAAUAUUGGCCUUUACUGCCCGUACUCUUCAAAGGGAGCACCCGAGGAAGAUUCUGCAAUGGUGUUUGUCUCAAAUGAAAUUGGGGAACACUCCAUCACUACAAGAGAUCUCGAUGUCGAUGAGAAUACCAUUAUCCAGUUUGAGAUCAAUGUGGGCUGCACAACGGACAGUAGUUCUGAUGAUCCAGUGAGACUGGAAUUUUCCCGUGAUUUUGGUGCCACAUGGCAUUUGCUUCUACCUCUGUGCUACAGCAGUACAAGCCAUGUCAGCUCACUGUGCUCCACUGAGCACCACCCUAGUAGCACUUACUAUGCUGGGACAAUGCAGGGAUGGAGAAGGGAAGUCAUCAACUUUGGUAAACUGCAUCUUUGUGGGUCUAUUCGAUUCAGAUGGUAUCAGGGAUUUUACUCAACGGCAAUGAAGCCUGUGACGUGGGCAAUUGAUAACAUUUACAUUGGCCCUCAGUGUGAGGAAAUGUGCAGUGGCCAUGGAAGCUGCGUCAAUGGCACAAAGUGUAUCUGUGACCCAGGCUAUUCUGGUCCCACAUGCAAAGUCAGCACAAAGAAUCCUGACUUCCUCAAGGAUGAUUUUGAAGGUCAAUUAGAAUCGGAUAGAUUCCUGCUUGUAAGUGGUGGAAAGCCAUCCAGGAAAUGUGGGAUUCUGUCUAGUGGAAACAAUCUCUUUUUCAGUGAUGAAGGUUUGAGGAUGCUGAUGACGAGAGAGCUAGAUUUAUCCUUGGCACGGUUUGUACAGUUUUUUAUGCGGUUAGGAUGUGGGAAAGCAGUACCUGACCCCAGGAGCCAGCCGGUGCUCCUGCAGUUUUCAUUGGAUGGCGGAUUAUCAUGGAGCGUUCUCCAAGAAUUUCUUUUCAGUAAUUCCAGUAAUGUCGGACGGUAUGUUGCACUGGAAAUCCCCCUGAAAGCUCGUUCCAGUUCUACCCGAUUACGCUGGUGGCAGCCAUCAGAGAAUGGACAUUUCUACAGCCCAUGGGUUAUUGAUCAAAUCCUGAUUGGUGGGAAUAUCUCAGGGUAUACGGUACUAGAGGAUGAUUUUACAAGUCUGGAUAACAGGAAGUGGUUACUUCAUCCAGGUGGAACUAAGAUGUCGGUGUGUGGUUCUACUGGAGAUGCCCUUGUGUUCAUUGAAAAAGCUAGUACUCGUUAUGUGGUGACCACAGACAUUGCGGUAAACGAAGACUCAUUCAUGCAGAUUGAUUUUGCUGCUUCCUGCUCUGUUACAGACUCUUGUUAUGCCAUUGAACUAGAGUAUAGCGUGGAUCUGGGGCUCUCGUGGAAUCCAGUGCUUAGAGACUGUCUACCAACCAAUGUGGAAUGUAAUAAAUAUCAGCUGCAGAGAGUGUUGGUGUCUGACACUUUCAACAAAUGGACCAGAAUUACGUUGCCUCUGCCUCCAUACACCAGAUCUCCGGCUACUCGAUUCCGAUGGAACCAGCCAUCACCUUUUGAUAAGCAGCAAACCUGGGCUAUCGACAAUGUUUACAUAGGAGAUGGAUGUGUAGAUAUGUGCAGCGGGCAUGGACGAUGUGUACAGGGGAAUUGUGUGUGUGAUGACUACUGGGGUGGGAUUUACUGUGAUGAGCCAGAAGUGCCUUUACCAACUCAACUUAAGGACACCUUUAACCGAGCCCCAGCUAGCCAGAACUGGCUGACUGUUAACGGUGGCAAGCUAAGCAGUGUCUGUGGGGCCGUAGCCUCAGGAAUGGCUCUACACUUCAGCGGGGGUUGUAGCCGCAUCUUAGUUUCAGUGGAUCUGAACCUUACUAGUGCUGAAUUUAUUCAGUUUUAUUUCAUGUAUGGAUGCCUGAUAACACCUCACAGCCGCAACCAGGGUGUUCUGCUGGAGUACUCUGUAAAUGGAGGCAUCACUUGGAAUUUAUUAAUGGAAAUCUUCUAUGACCAGUAUAGCAAACCAGGCUUUGUAAAUAUCCUCCUUCCACCCAGUGCUAAGACUGUGGGGACUCGAUUCCGCUGGUGGCAGCCCAAGCACGAUGGAUUAGACCAGAAUGAUUGGGCCAUUGAUAAUGUAUUGAUAUCUGGUUCUGUGGAUCAGAGUACAGUGAUGUUAGACACAUUCAGUAGUGCUCCACUUCUACAGCAUGAGCGCACAGCGGCUGAUGCCGGUCCUACUGGCAGGAUAGCGUUUGAAUUUUUUGGUGAAGACAAAACUGCAGUGAAUGAGCACUGGCUUUUCCAUGAUGACUGCAGCAUUGAGAGAUUCUGUGAGUCACCUGAUGGCGUGAUGAUCUGUGGCAGCCAUGAUGGCAGAGAAGUGUACACAGUAACGCAUGACCUAACACCUGCAGAAAACUGGAUCAUGCAGUUCAAGAUCGCAGUUGGCUGUAAGACCUCUGAGAAGACUGUACCGAGCCAUAUACAUUUGCAGUACUCCACAGACUUUGGAGUGAGCUGGAGUUACUUAGUACCACAAUGUUUACCUGCUGACCCAAAAUGUUCUGGAAGUGUGUCCCAAGCAUCAGUGUUCUUUCCAGCUAAAGGAUGGAAACGAGUCCUCUACCCACUGCCUGACAAUCUCAUUGGAAACCCUAUCAGGUUUCGGUUUUACCAAAAAUAUUCAGAUAUGCAAUGGGCAAUUGACAAUUUCUACAUCGGACCUGGCUGCUUGGACAACUGUAAUGGCCAUGGAGAUUGUUUGAAGGAGCAAUGUAUCUGUGAUCCAGGAUACUCUGGCCCGAACUGUUAUCUGACACAUCCAUUAAAGACCUUCCUGAAAGAGCGCUUUGAUAGUGAUGAAUUAAAACCAGACUUCUGGCUAUCUAUGGAAGGAGGGAAAACAUGUACUGACUGUGGCAUCUUGGCUGAGGAUACUGCCCUUUAUUUUGGGUCAUCUACAGUACGUCAAACAGUCACCCAGGACCUAGAUCUAAGAGGGGCAAAGUUUGUUCAAUACUGGGCAAGGAUUGGAAGUGAAAAUAUAACAUCUUGCCGUAAACCUACAUGCAGGAAAGAAGGAGUCCUGUUAGAUUAUUCAACUGAUGGUGGUAUCUCUUGGACCUUGCUUCACGAGAUGGAUUACCAGAAAUACAUGACAGUGCGAUAUGACUACAUACUUCUUCCAGAGCAUGCCCAGACCAACACAACACGUCUGCGUUGGUGGCAGCCCUUUACCAUCAACAACGGUUAUGUGGUCCCAGGCCCAGAUCGUUCUCAGUGGGCCCUGGAUAAUCUAUUAAUAGGAGGAGCUGAGAUCAACCCCAGCCAGCUUGUAGACACGUUUGAUGAUGAAGGUACGUCUCAUGAUGAGCACUGGAGUUUUUACCCCAAUGCUGUAAGGACAGCAGGUUUCUGUGGUAACCCCUCCUUUCACCUCUACUGGCCGAAUAAGAAGAAGGACAAGACACACAAUAUAUUGUCCUCUAGGGAGCUUAUUAUACAACCUGGUUACAUGAUGCAGUUCAAGAUUGUGGUUGGUUGCGAAGUGAAUUCAUGCAUUGAUCUUCAUUCAGUAAUGCUUGAGUAUACAAAGGAUGACAGAACAGAUUUAUGGCAGCUGAUUCAGACGCAGUGCCUUCCUUCCUCCUCAAACAGCAUUGGCUGCUCCCCGUUCCAGUUCCAUGAAGCCACAAUCUAUAACUCCAUCAAUAGCUCAGUGUGGAAAAGAGUAACGCUGCAACUUCCAGACUAUGUCUCAUCCAGUGCUACGCAGUUCCGCUGGAUUCAGAAAGGUGAUGAGACUGAGAAGCAGAGUUGGGCUGUGGAUCAUGUGUACAUUGGAGAAGCCUGUCCUAAACUCUGCAGUGGACAUGGAUACUGUACAACCGGAUCUGUUUGUAUAUGUGAUGAGGGAUAUCAAGGUGAUGACUGCUCCGUCUUUAGUCAUGACCUUCCAAGUUACAUUAAGGAUAAUUUUGAAUCAGAAAAAGUGACAGACAUCAACUGGGAAAGCAUUCAAGGAGGUAUAAUUGGAAAUGGAUGUGGACAGCUGGCUCCUUAUGCUCACGGAGACUCCCUUUACUUUAAUGGCUGCCAAAUAAGACAAGCCAUAACAAAGCCGCUCGAUCUUACAAGAGCCAGUAAAAUCAUGUUUGUGCUUCAGAUCGGAAGCAUUGCACAGACAGAGAGCUGUAAUACCAAUCUAAGUGAUCCAAACACUGUAGACAAGGCAGUGCUGCUACAGUACAGUGUCAAUAAUGGCAUAACAUGGCAAGUUAUUGCACAGCACCAGCCUAAAGACUUUAUACAAGCACAAAGAGUUUCCUAUAACAUUCCCCUGGAAGCACGUAUGAAAGGAGUCUUAUUACGCUGGUGGCAGCCACGCCAUAGUGGAACAGGUCAUGAUCAGUGGGCUUUGGACCAUGUAGAAGUUGUACUCACUCGCAAACAAAAUUACAUGAUGAAUUUUUCACGGCAACAUGGGCUCAGGCAUUUCUACAACAGGCGGCGGAGGGCUCUGGCACACUACCCAUGAAGAAGUGAAAUGUGUUUCAUUCCUGCCAUCAUGUGAAGUGUUGCUUUUCAUUGUGUCCAAUCAAAACACUACGUCCAGAUUCAAGACUUUCCUGUAAUUGGUUUAAAUAACCAAUAUUCCUUUAAGACUGACCAUAAUCCACUUUUCGCACUGUGAACUAAUGAGAAGUAACGUCUUUUCUCAUCAGUAAAUGUUAUAAUGUUGAUGUGCCUGUAAAAGUUUGUGAUCUGUUGUAAUAUCAGUGUACUCUGCAGUAUUUCUGUUAUGCAAUGUAUUCUGUUUAACAUGAAAACAUCAUUAAAGCACAAGGACUUGUUGGAGCAUUUGAAAAGCGCAGUAUAAACAGUAUUUAACAAAAAGUUGACACUUAGAUAUUUAAGUGCACUGUAUUUCAUCUAUGUAUCAUAUUUUAUAAAAUUAAAUUAUCAUGUUUUUGUCUUUUAUGUACUCCUACAAAAAAAAAUGCUGGUAUCUGUUGCAUUGAUACAAUACAAUUUCCUGCGUGAUUUGUGGCCCAAUGAAUGUACACGCUGAUAUCAAGUCCUUGACCUUUUUAAGAUAAUGUAUAUCUUGAAUUCAGCUGAAAUACGUAUUGGAGAGUAAUGGAAAAAUGUUGAUAACAAUGUGUGAUCGUGAAAGUUUCCCUUAUUAAGAACUGUGAAUAGCUUCUCAACAAAUGCCCGGCAUUCUGUAUAUUGCAGUAACAGUGUUUUAGUUUUAAAAGGCCAAUAAACCCAGCAGUAACUGUAUUGUGGUGUCUGUGGCAUUAGAGUGGCUUGUAGCCUGUGGAUGAAGUUCUUUGUGUUCCAUUUGUAGUGUUCCUUCCUAUUUCAGGACUCUCUAUAUAUCUUCUGAUAAUGUAUCCCACCACCAGCAGUAACAUGGCCGCUUACCUUGUAGAUCAGACAUUACCGUUUUUUGGAAACAAAAUAAAGAUACAACCAUUUCUGAAAGUGGCUGAUAUGUACUGGAACGCCAUACCAGUAAUAAUGCAAUGAUUGCGUUUUUAACCUGUAUGUCAUACAAAAUAACACUGGAUAAACACCCAAGCGAAAAGCAAAAAUAACUGAACAUCUUUUCAAUGCAGUUGCAUUGUUAUGAGUAAUAUGUGCCCUCCUGUUUCUUGGACCAUAGUUUGUAUACAUCAUAACCCUCUAAACAUAAUGAUUGGAAGUGUCAGCAUUCUCUUUGUCCUGUUAAAAGUUAUACAGAAAUAAACUGUUCUGAAUGUU